UAAAGAUGGCGGCUGUGGAGGGUGAGAGUCAUGUUCUGCAGUUUCUGAAGCGUGUGGAGCUGCUGAAGCAGGGCGCCGAGGCGCGCGUCUACAGGGGGGAGUUUUUGGGGAAGCCGGCCAUAAUGAAGGAGCGGUUCCCGAAGCUGUACCGGCACCCGGUCCUCGAUGAGAAGCUCACCCGCCGCAGGACGGUGCAGGAGGUGCGCUCCCUACUGCGCUGCAGAAAAGCAGGCAUCUCCGCCCCGGUCGUGUACUUUGUUGAUUAUACAACCCAUUGCAUUUUCCUAGAGGACAUGGUGGGGUCCAUCACUGUCCGAGACUACAUAAACACUGCCCAGGUCUCCCAGAAAGAUGCUCCGUGCCUCGAGGUGCUUGCUAAGAAGAUGGGGCAGAUUCUAGGGAAAAUGCACGACGAAGAUCUGAUUCACGGGGAUCUAACAACGUCCAACAUGCUCCUAAGAAACGGCUCUGUGGACAGAGAUGUAGACCUGGUGCUGAUCGACUUCGGCCUCAGUUACAUUUCUGCCUUGCCAGAGGACAAAGGAGUGGAUCUCUAUGUUCUGGAGAAGGCAUUUUUGAGCACUCAUCCCAACACAGAGGCCAUGUUUGAGAAGUUGCUGAAGAGUUACGCCGCCUCUUCAAAAAAGUCUUCAGCCGUCAUUAAGAAACUGGAUGAAGUGAGGCUAAGGGGAAGAAAGAGGUCAAUGGUUGGCUAACAGUGCUGGGAAGCCGAGUAAACAGAUGCACUCAUUAGAACUGUUAUUGUUCUUCCAAGUCAGAUGACUGCACUACUCCAGGGACACUUAACACAGCAGUGUAUUGUGUUUUACAACGAAUGGUUGCAGCACUUGAUUUAUUUUUUUUUUAUUGUGGUCUUGUGUGUAAUAAAACAAAAUCAAAUGCUGUCAGAUGUUAGUGCCAAAGUGCAGUAAAUUGAUGCUGUUCAACUCCAACAAGAGAAACUAGGUAACAAGUAAGUAGUCUUCUAUAAAUAAAGCAAUAUCCUGGCAGCAGAGACAACCUUAACUUAAUGCAGGGUUUUUUAAAACUUAUUUACUGUGGCAUUCUCAUUC